CAUCGCUUCAAACCAUCAUGUUCUUCCUUUUUUAUGUUUUUUACUCGAAAAAUAUUUUGUGUCAAGUGCGCACACGCGAUAUAAUAUGUGUUGAUGUUUAAACUAAUAAAAUGUACCUUGAUCUACCUUAACAAAGAAAUAAUAACAAUGCUAAAAUACGGAAAUAAAAAAGGUAAAAUUACGCAUCGGGCAAUGUUCUUAAUGAUUUAUGACAUCAAUCACAUGCGAUUAGCGGAGUUUACAUUGAAUUGAAUUUAUAAUUUUAUAAAACCUGGUAGUAGUAAGAUCUCUCAAGGUUUCACUUGCAGUUGGUGAUUGUACAUGCUUGCGUGGACAAUUGAAUUUAUCUCAAACAUCCAAUAUCUUUAUCGCGUAUGUUUAAACCCCACAUUAAUAUUUUUGAAUAAUUAAACCUAACAAUAAUAAGUGAAGUGAUGGAUAAAAAUAAAAAGUGACUUUAUCUACCAGCUAUAAUAAUUAUUUUACCAGUGCGAUCCGAUUAAUUAACCAACGUGAAUUUUUAUUGAUUAUUUGUUGUACGUUACGUAAACUGGGUCAGUUUUAAUCCACAGGAAAAAUAAAAAAGUGCUUAAAAAAUUAAAAUAAAACAAUGGGGAAACUGUGGACUUUGUUGUUAAUUUUUUGUUCGUCAUCCUGGGCAAUUAAGGACAAUUUUUCAGCGGUAGAUAAAUUGCGAUACGAUUUAUUGUUACUCCAAAAUUUACCAAUUCAGUCAAGAUCUGGAAGAGAUGAUAAAAAUGAUGUUUAUUUUAAAGUAUUUGAAAUUUAUGACAAAUUCAGUGAAAAAAUAACUAAUGAACAUUUAAACACAGGCAAACGUCACUUGAACUCAUUAAAUUCAUUGAGACUGUGGGCAUUAGUACAGAAAGAUAUGAAUAUUAUUGAAGGAAUGUACAGCAAUUAUUUACAAAAAUUACACACUGUUACGCAGACUUUUGAGCCAAUAAAUAUUGAGUAUUGGAAUAAUUUUGCUGAUGUUGUUUUUACGCAUCCAAAUGUAUCGAUUUCAGCAGCUUUGGAGCGCAUCUCAGAUGUUAUUAUCCAGCAAAAUUUGUUUAUUGAUGCUUACAAGGAAGCUAUAGCGCAAAUAUGUGACGAACAACAGUCUCCUCAGCAAUUACUGUAUAAUUUGUAUAAUAUUAUUGCGAUGACUGAAAUCAGAGGGUUCAUGAUGAUGCAAUUCUCAUACACAAUACUUCGAGUGCAUAAAAAUGGUACUUUUCACGAUGAGAGACUAAAAACUCUUGAUGAUUAUAAAAUAAGAGUAUCUGAAACAUUAAGAGCAGUACGGACAGCAAUGGCCUUUGCACCACGUGAUCUUUGGAGAUGUGAUCCAGACAAGCAUGUAGAAGACGUAACUUACACUGAGUUGAAGCAAUUAUUCCAAGGCUACAUAGUAAAUGAAGUUGAUCUAAAUCCAUCAAGUAGUUGUCGCGAAAACUGUGCUUACUACAGCUACUCAAACGUCCAAGGAUGUUUCGGCGAUAUGUUCUGCGCUAAACAGCGUAAAUGUAAUGGAAAAGUCUUGAACUGUCAGUACUUUGACUCAGACAUGUGGAUUUGUCCGUCGGAUAUUAACAGCAAUCGGCGGUACGAGUAUGUAGAGUACGAAAACGGCCGAGUGUUCGGCAAAAAAGGAAGUUGUAAAAAGCCAAUUACUAAAGUUGACAGUUGGUGGCGAUGGAUAUUCUGGCAUUGCAGCUACUGUAUGUGUUACUGUGAUGAUCAUAACUCCAGCUCCGAUCGUUACUUCAAUUUACGAGACGUUACUUCUGAUGUUGCUAACAACAAAGUUAUCACGGGAUUUAAAUUUAUAAAAGUUAAUCAAAUAAUCCAUGUACAAAUCCAAGAGGGUAGAUUAACAGAGCGAGGUAGAAUUGAAGAAAACAGCGCUUCUUGGAAGCCAGUUGAUAAUUACACGAUCCGCGAUCGCGGCGUCAACAAUGGCGAAGAUUAUCACACUUUGUCAUGGGAAAAACGAGCUAUUGAUUUGGAUGAUCUCACCGCGCCUGAUGAACAUAUUUUAACUGGUGUAAGAUUUAGAAUGGUAGGGUCUCACUUGAAUUUUGAAGUACGCAUCACUCCGUUCAACUAUUCGUCUGGUUUGCUAAUCAGGCCUUUCGAAAAGAGCCAGUGGACUGGCAAUUUUAAUACUGAAGUGUCUAAUGGCAACAGUGAACAGAAAAGAAGAGAGCUGGUGAUAUCUAACCCAGAUGUCCCGAUCAGAAUCCGCCAGCCGUCGUCGCCCGAUUCACUCUCCAACCAAUUUUUGAACUUCGGGCCCACCGACUUGGACAAAGAUGCUGCACAAUCAACGAUACCAUUUUUAGACACACAGCCUGUGAUAACAAAUCCACCAUUUCCGCUCGCCGGAGCCGGUAUCUAUCACAAAGGACGCAGUGGUUCUGGUGGUUAUAUCGCUCUCAAGGCUAUUACUUAUGAUUUUAAGGACCAUCUACGCGCUGAUGUUCCUUCUAUACCAGCUAUUUUGGAAUUAAACCAAAUUCCAGCACAAUAAUUAUUAAUGAUACUAAAAUUAAGAGACAAAUAAUUUUUUUAACAAAAAAAUUUCAUCAUUAAAAAUUCUAAAAAAUUAUUAAUGCAAUUUUUAAAUAAUUUUUUAGACUUAGUUUAUUUUAAAAAAAAAAAUAAAAAAAUUUUUAAAUGUCUCUUCUAAUUUAAUUUAAGUGUCAUUAAUUAUUACCAUGAAUUUAUUAUUUUAUUUUUUUGUAUUUCAAUUUGAUAAGUUUAAAUUAAGAACAAAGAUUUUUUUGCCAAAAGAUACAAAUUACAGUGAUAAUAGUUAAGAGUAACUUUAAUAUUAUCAAGUAUGAAUAUUUUUUUUUUUUCUGAAUUCUGAAUAAUUUUUAAAUUUUAAAUUGAUAAGCAUUCUGUUUAUCUGAGAUUUUUUCCAUGACUAAUAAGUAAUCAAUUUUUUUAUCUACAUCUUAUUGUUUAAAGAGUUACGAUAGUCAUUCUGUGUAAGAUUAUUAUAGCACGAUGAUAAUUGAUAAUUGGCAAUCAUUGUGCUUAGGAUGAUUAAUAUAUGUUCAAUAUAUUAUAAUUAUUUUUUACUUAUA